UCCUCUCACACAACGGAGAUUUCAUCUUGUCUGAGGGUGGAUACAACUGAAAGUGAACUGAACUUUGCCAAGGCCACGGGCAUGAUGGCUAAGAAGCCCCCGAAACCAGCGCCCCGCAGGAUCUUCCAGGAGAGGCUGAGGAUCACUGCUCUGCCUCUGUACUUUGAAGGGUUUUUGUUAGUCAAACGGUCUGAUCACCAGGAGUACAAACACUAUUGGACAGAGUUGAGAGGAACCACACUUUUCUUCUACACGGACAAAAAAAGCACAAUAUAUGUUGGCAAGUUAGACAUAAUAGACCUUGUGUGCCUUACUGACCAAAAUUCAACUGAAAAGAGUUGUGCAAAGUUCACUCUUGUUUUGCCUAAAGAGGAAGUGCACCUGAAGACAGAAAACACAGAAAGUGGGGAAGAAUGGAGGGGCUUCAUUCUUACAGUAACAGAGCUGUCAGUUCCUCAACACGUGUCUCUUCUACCUGGGCAAGUGAUUAGACUACAUGAAGUCUUAGAGAAAGAAAAGAAAAGAAGGCUUGAGACAGAACAGCUGCCGAUUAUGCCUGUGGAAAAAGAGGAGCCAGUACAAGAUGAUGUGGAUAUACCAAACCCUAUGCCAGCAUGUUUUUAUGCAGUUUCCCGGAAAGAAGCAACUGCAAUGCUGGAGAAGAAUCCUUCUUGGGGAAAUAUGAUCCUGAGGCCCGGGAGUGACAGUAAAAACUACUCCAUCACUAUCCGGCAGGAGAUAGAAAUGCCAAGAAUCAAGCACUACAAAGUGAUGAACACUGCAAAGAACUACACCAUUGAAUUGGAGAAACCGGUAACACUCCCAAACCUUUUCAGCGUCAUUGAUUAUUUUGUGAAGGAGACUCGAGGGAAUCUGAGACCAUUUAUACCUUCAACUGACGACAACCUUGGUCAAGAGCCCAACACAGAAGAAAGAAGUGAGAAGCUUAAGAAAAAUCCACACUAGGCAUGGAAUAACAUGAAAACUGCCUCCAGAUAUCUUGGUAUUUAUUGUCUUCCAAAGGCUUUCACUUUUAAAGAUAAUUACCUCUAUUUCCCUGUCCCUAGUUUCCAAAUCACUUGUUUGGGCACAAGAAUAAAACGUGAUAGCACAUAAUUUCAUUGUUUUAUCAGCAGGAAACCAAUUUGCUAGUUACUAGCAGCGGUCUGUAGAGUAACUUGAUACAUUCAUUUCUCUGUAUUAAGUGGAAAAAUUUACUUUCUAAAGUCAGAUCUUUGUUUCUCCUUGUCUUCAAUUAAAUACAUUUCAAAUAUACAAUUUCCACAGCAGAUUAUCUAGGUCCCCUAAAUUCUACUUAUCUUCUAAACUGUAACUAGGUUUUUUUUUUUGGUAAAAUCUGAUUGGAUCAACUAAUUAAGUGUAAGGUUUUUUUUAUUAUCUAGUUGGUGGUCACAGACAUGGAAUGAAUCGGGAAAUGUCUGUCUGGUAGAAAUGCUAUAUGCCACAUAUUAACGUUUAUGGAACUAAAUGUAAUUCAUUUUUAUGUUCUUCCUUGACACUAUAUUUCUACUAGUUCAAAUCUAAUCCAUGUAUCAUUAAAGGAUGACAAAAUAAACACCUUGUCUCAAAUUUCAUGCUA